AUUUACUCUCGAAGAAGAUAUGUCACUCAAGAACGACGCCAUAGGAUGAUUUGUUGUGUUUUUGGUUAGCAUGUGCAAGUUUCGUUGUAUUUUUUUUAAAUAUUUUUAUAAAGCUGAAAAUUUGUAUUUAUAAAUAUUAAGCGAAUAUCAAAAAUGAGUUUGAAUUACGUUCAAGUUGCAGAAGAAGAGGGAGAAGAACCCAUUGAAGUACCUUGUGAAGAAGAUGGGUCACUUCUGCUAACUACUUUGGCUGCGCAAUUUCCUGGUACCUGUGGUUUAAAAUAUCGAAAUCCUGCUACUGGAACAAUGAGAGGUGUCCGAGUAUCAGAUGGAAAAUUGGUCCCACCACCUGGAAGUGGUUGGGAUGAUUCUUUGUAUAUCUGUGUUUUCCCAAAAGUGACUGAAAAUAAGAGAAAAUCUUGUGAUCAACUUGAGAAUAGCUCUGCUAAAACAAAAAGAAUGGAAACCAAACACAAAUGUUCCGACUUAAUAGUUCUAGGCUUGCCUUGGAAAACAACUGAGCAAGAACUUCGCCAGUAUUUUGAAUCGUUUGGAGAAGUUUUGAUGGCACAAGAUGGACAAGUUGCUGAGUUGAACAGAAAAGUAUUUAUUGGACGAUGUACUGAAGACAUUUCUGCUGAUGACCUUGAAGAGUAUUUCUCAAAAUAUGGAGAGGUAACAGACGUUUUUAUCCCCAAACCGUUUAGAGCAUUUGCAUUUGUUACAUUUUUACAUCCUGAGGUGGCUCAAAGUUUGUGUGGAGAAGACCAUAUUGUAAAGGGUGCCAGUCUGCUUGUUAGCAGUGCUGUGCCCAAAAAUGCUAAUGCUAAUUACCACAACAGGAAAGGUGACAGUCGUCCAAUGACAACAUUCCCUCACAAUCCUGCUGCAUUCGGCCCUGGUGGGCAUCAUGGUAGCAAUGCAAAUAUUUGGAAUCAAUCACCAUAUAAUGUGCCAAUGAGAGGAGGGGAUAAUAUCCCUAAUUUAGCUCAGUUGAGCACAACCCUGGGUUUAGGCAAUCCAAAUCCUAAUCAAGGUGGUGGCAAAACUAUGAAUACAACUCCACCUACUUUGAGUAUGGGUGCCCUGAAUUUGGGGGCUGCAUUACCUUUGAGUUCUGCUGUUGUAGCAGCUGCUCUUGGUCAAGCUGGGUUGGGUAUUCUUGGAAACAUAGCAAGCCAGGGAAAUACGGAGGAAUGUAACAAUCCAAAUGUUAACACUUCUAAUCCUGGACCCAAUCCUAAUAUGGGAGGGAGUGGUUGUCCGGCAUGGAUGAACCAACCUUCUGGAAGUAAUGAAGGGCCUGUGCCGUGGAGUUCUCGUGAUCCCAAAGGCUAUGGCAUGCAGGUUUUAAACUAACUUAAUUUUCUCCUUAUAUUUGUUAUUUUUUGUAGAAAUUUUAAAGAAAUAAUUCUCUUUUGAAGAACAACUUAUAAGCAAUAUUAUGAAUUGUUACAAGUCCCAAACCUCAAAGCUUUAAUGGUUCAGCACUGCUUUGUUAUAAUAAUGGUUGUUCAAUUUCAAAUAACAAACAGAAUUUUUUUUUUUUAUAACACUAGUGUAAAAGUAGUGCAACUUUAUUUCAUCACCAAAUAUUUUUAUUAAAAUAUGUUUUGUGUUUAAAAGUCUUUAUCUUACACAUAAAGCUUGCUAUUAUUUUAUAGAGAUAUAUAAAUUGAGACUCGGUUGAUAUUUUGCAUUUAUUACAUGCAAAUGUGUUUUUUUUUUUUUUUCGACUUCAAAUUUGUGUUUUUUGAAAUAGAAAGUUCAAUGCCCCCUUCAUCUUUUUCAUGAUCAUAUAUAUAUAUUGUAACUCAUGUUGAACAAGUUGUGAUUUUUGUUUUGACUCAAAAUUUUAUUUUGUAAAUGGUUUACGUGAACAUGAGACUAUUUAAUGGUAUGAAAAAGUGGUUUUGAGUGACGAUGAAUACAAACAUCAUGUUCAUUUCUCAAAAUUUAUAUAUCUCACCUUUCAUUGACGUGUUUAUUGGAUGUGUAUCAUCAUUCCUGUGUGCGUGUUUAAAUGAGAUAGUGUGCUUCAAUGGAAAAGUGCCUUUGAAAAAGGUUUUAUGUAAUUGGCUCAAUGAGCUGGGUUUUUAAAAAGCAUCAACAAGCAGAGGAAAUUAAUAAGGGUGAUACAUAGCAGUUAAAAAACUAUGAUAGGAUCAGAGACUAAAUUAUUUUUACUGUGUUGUUGAAUACUCAGUGUGAUGUUUGUAUGCUGCACAAUCUACUGCUUUUGUAACAUCUUCUUUAGAGUGAUAACUUCAGUAUUUGCUGUUUCACUAAGCUACUUUAUCUUUCUAGACAGAUUUGUAAAUUUAGCUUUUCUUUUCCGAAGCAUUUAAAAACUAAACAGUGUUUAUCUUUCUACUAAUGUUGCAGGUUGUAAUUGCUACGGCAAAAUAAAAUUUUAUUCAAAAUCUUUUGUAUUAAGUGACGAGCAUGUCAAGUAAAAAUUCCAUGCUUGAUUUUAUUUAAAUGCUGUGGGAUUUCGUUAAAUAUAGCCAUUGCUUUUCCAAUGAGACAUAGUAUUUAAGUUUUUUCCUGGUAAUUUUAACUAUCAUUAACCACUCACUCAUUUUGGUUAUAAAAUAACAAACAUGUAGUUUUUAAAAUAAAUUUUUUUCUCUCCCUUUCUAGCAAAUUUCCUUAGCAUUUUAAACAUAAACCGUAUAGUGAAUGAUAAGUUAUGGCACUAUUAACAAAUAUUAUCAGUAUCUUAACACAAAAGGCAAUUCAGUGUCAUUUCACUGAUUAUACUAGUCAUUUA